GCGCGGGAAGGUUCUCUUUCCUAUCGAAUGCACUUCCGUGGUGCCAAAGAAACUCGUCACGUUGUGUGGCAGGCUAUCCCUAUAUGAGGCUCUAUCCGCGACGUGACUUCGACUCUGUAAACUAUGCCGAUCAUCUCUAUGGACGAUGAUGUGUCUCAAUCCUACAGCUAUGUGCUUGUCGGCGGUGGGACAGCAGGUUUGACCCUCGCAGCAAGGCUUUCAGAAGAUCCUUCGGUAUCUGUCCUUGUUCUUGAAGCUGGUAGCUUCAAUCCAGAAGACCAGUUGAUAUCGCGUCCCGUACAGUAUGGCGCUCAUCUCGGUCAGGAUGCUUAUGCUUGGACUUUUAAGACUGUCCCUCAGGAGAAUGUUGCGGAAAGGCAGAUUGGAUGGGAGAGAGGGAAAAUUCUGGGGGGAAGCUCUGCAAUCAACUUCUCUGUUUGGACGAAUCCCGCGAAAGGGGACAUAGAUGACUGGGAGAGGCUCGGCAAUGCCGGCUGGAACUGGCAAAACUUCAGCAAAUAUCUUUCAAAGGCAAUCUUUAUCACUCCGCCAAGCGGCUCCUCAGCACAGCUUGAACGGCGAGGUAGUCUGGAAACUUGGAAUUUACCGAAGAACGGUCCCCUCCAAGUAUCUUUUCCACGUACUCUCCCGGAUGUAGAUAUUCGUUUUCACGAGGCUUUAGUGAAUUUGGGUGUGCCGAAUGCCCCGUUACCGCUCGAUGGAGAUCCCCACGGUACUUUCUUCGCAGCGAAUACGUUAGAUCCCUCGUCUCAUUCGCGUUCUUACUCAACGAACUUCUAUCUGCGAAACUCGGACCGCCCGAAUCUAUCCAUUCUGCUAUCCGCAUAUGCCACCAAAGUGGUCUUUUCUGAUGCAGAAGGAGAUCUGACUGCUACUGGAGUUGAGUUUGUUCAUGAAGACAAGUCCUAUGUGGUGCGCGCGGACAAGGAAGUGAUUCUAUGUGCUGGAGCGCUAAAGACCCCUCAUCUUUUGGAGCUCUCCGGAAUCGGACGUCCCGAUGUAUUGAAACAAGCUGGCAUCAUUCAGAGGCUUGAUCUUCCUGUGGGGGAGAAUGUGCAAGAGCAUGUGUUUGUGUCGCUGAGCUACGAAUUGAAGGAUGGAGUAGCAGAUGACACUCUCGACGUUCUUGACGAUGAGGAUGAACGCCAGAAGCACAUUGAUCUUCACGCCCACGGUGAAGGAGUCUUCAGUAUGGGCAUCGUCAACUUCGCCUUCCUGCCCCUAAAUGCACUGUCUCCCCGCUCCCAUACCAUAUAUUCGACGAGCAUUAAUACCAUCAAGGAGAAGAUCGCUCAAGGAAAGUAUUCUUCUGGAGCUGCGGAAACCCUCAAAAUGCAGUUUCAGAAGGUCGGAAGAAACGCCUUGGAUUGUGAGAUCACGACUUUGCCCGGGUUCCUUUCAGGCCCAAAUCCCCCUAGACCAGGAAAAAAACAUUUCACCAUUUUUUGCAUGAAUAAUAGUCUGUUCUCGAGGGGAACGGCGCAUAUCACCUCCAGUGAUCCCUUGGUGCAUCCCGCAUAUGAUCCCUGUUACUUUGGAGAUACAAUUGAUAUUGAAGCCCUAAUCGAAACUGUAAAAUUUGCACGGAAGGCUUGCCGAACAGCCCCAUUCAAAGAUGUCCUCGAUGACGAGCCGGUGGAAGUCAACCCAGGUCCGAAUGUCCAGACCGACGAAGAGAUUGGCGCUUGGAUCAAGCAGGUUCUGUCCUCAACUUGGCACACGAUCGGAACUGCCUCGAUGCUUCCGAGGGACAAGGGUGGGGUCGUAGACUCCAAACUCAAGGUGUAUGGUACCACCAAUCUUCGUGUUGUGGAUCUCUCCAUUUCACCCAUGCAAGUCGCUGCACAUACCCAAUCACUCGCAUAUGGAAUUGCUGAGCAGGCGGCGGAUAUUAUUAAAGGUUUGAUUUAAGUUCUUAUAUUAAGAGUCGCAGCGGAUCCGGUUUUUGGAAUUGUAUAAUAGAUUUUCUAGACUGAAGUGAAUAAAUUUAACAAUAGUAGUGUCGGCCGGCC